UUUCAUCGCAGUGUGUAAGAGAGAGAAGGAUAAUAAAUUAGAGACUCCGUAACUUGGUUUCUUUGUGUUGUUAUUUUGGGAGAUUGCGAAACUGUCAAAGUCAAAUCAUUGAAUCAUGAAUGAGUCCAUCCGUAGCAUUUUUUAAUAAAUUUAACACAUAAUUUAAAUAAUAUUUGUUUACUUUUCGUGUGAACAAUAUAUGACGAAAAAAAACUAAGAUUAAGGAAUUAUACACGUUUAAAUAAAGUAGUUGUGCCUUAAAACAUGGAAGAUAUAUUUCAGUGGUGCAGGGAAGGAAAUGCCUUACAAGUACGAGUUUGGUUGGAUGAUACUGAACAUGAUAUGAAUCAGGGAGAUGACCAUGGCUUCAGCCCUUUACACUGGGCCUGUAAAGAAGGUCACAUUAAGAUUGUUGAGAUGCUUAUUAGAAGGGGUGCUCGGAUUAAUGUUACAAACAUGGGGGAUGACACACCAUUACAUCUAGCUGCUGCACAUGGACAUAGACCUAUUGUACAAUUGCUGUUACAAAACAGGGUGGAUGUAAAUUUCACAAAUGAACAUGGCAACUCUCCAUUACAUUAUGCCUGUUUUUGGGGAUACAGUGCCAUUGCUGAAGACUUGGUGAUUGCUGGAGCAUUGGUCUCAUUAGCCAAUAAGGAUGGUGACACACCACUUGAUAAGACUAAGGGUCAACUUGUUCAGAGAUUACAUGAAUUGGCAGUUAAUCAAGGCCAGGAUUUAAAGAAGAUUCAGUUCAAGGACCAAUCCUGGUUGGGACUCAAGACUAGGAGUCGGGAUGCCACCCUCUCCCGACACAAGGGAAUUAAUAUAAACGAACUAGCCUUACAUACGCGUAUUGCUGUUACUCCCUCUGGUGAAACAUGGCGCGGUCGUUGGCAGAAGAAUGAUAUAGUUGCGAAGAUAAUCGCUGUAAGGGAAUGUACGCCCCGCGUGCAGCGAGACUUCAACGAAGAAUUCCCCAAGCUCAGGAUAUUUUCUCACCCCAACAUAUUGCCUGUUGUGGGAUGCUGCGUCUCUCCUCCAUCUUUGGUAGUAAUAUCUCAAUACAUGUCAUGGGGCUCACUCUAUUCUCUUCUCCACGGUGGGGCCGGGGGUCGCGUAGUAGUAGACGCAGCCGCGGCUUUGCGUCUGGCGAGAGAUGUGGCCGCCGGGCUUGCCUAUCUUCACUCCUUGCAAAGGGACCGGAUUCUGCCCACUUACCAUCUGAACAGCAAGCAUGUUAUGAUCGACGAAGACCUCACGGCCCGUAUAAACAUGGCGGACUCGAAAUUCUCGUUCCAAGAGAAGGGCCGCGUGUAUGCCCCUGCCUGGAUGGCCCCCGAAACCCUGCAGAAGCCCAGCGCCAAGAGGAACUGGGAAGCCGCUGACAUGUGGAGUUUCGCUGUCUUAUUGUGGGAGCUGGCUACGAGAGAGAUUCCAUUCGCCGAUCUGUCACCAAUGGAGUGUGGCAUGAAGAUAGCUCUCGAAGGUCUGCGUGUGAGCAUUCCACCUGGUAUUUCGCCCCACAUUUCGAAAUUGAUUAAGAUCUGCAUGAAUGAAGAUCCCGGUAAGCGACCAUCGUUCGAAAUGAUCCUGCCCAUUUUGGAGAAAAUGAAACGUUAACCCGCUAAAUUUAAGAUUCCCUUUAGAGUUUAACAGUUUUAGAUACAUAACAUAACAGACAGGAUACCGAGGUACAAAUACAUACAGACAGAGAGAAAAUCUCAAUUGUUGAACAAAUUAUUUUGUGUUAAUGAAAUAAAGGUACAGAGAAAAUGCACAAAUUAAUUUAUGGGCUAUA